UGUCAACAGAGUCUUCUGUACCUGCUCCUGUGGUUAGUCAGCAGAUUUCUCUGCCGACCUGGGUCUGCCUCUUACUUAUGUUCUUUUGAUCGUAUCUAUUCGCGAGAUCUUCUAACCGAUCAAACUGAGGCUCUAACGCUGACUGAGAUGCAACGUGCUUCCUUGUUCACAGGCUUAAACGGAGUGGUUAUUUUUGUUGAACCCCACCGACAGUUCAGCACCAAGAUACAGUCUCCAUGGGCCAGCAUGUGAAGGAGAUUUCCUGUUCGUUGAACAUGACAAGAAACGGCGGUGGCGGUGCUGGGCUUGCGUGCUGGGCUUGCGUGCUGACCGGAUCGUGAAUACCAGAAGACCUCUUUCAACACUUUUCUCUCCCGAACAUUGAAUACUUUCCCCGAAGGACGACCUGUUUGUCGCGAUUAUAUUUUCGUUUUCUUUCCCAGAAAGACGACUUUGUUCUCCCGAACACGUGCAUUUUCUUUGCCAGAAAGACGACUUUGUUCUCCCGAACCAACACGUGCAUUUUCUUUGCCAGAAAGAAGAUGGACUCUUUCCUUUCCGACCCGUGGCGCACGCGCUCAGCCCUGUACGGCACACAUGAGGAUGCGUUUGUGUCGACGUCCCAGCCUCUGGCAACGCAAGCGGGCUUAGAAAUGUUGCGACGAGGUGGCAACGCUGCUGACGCGGCGAUUGCAACCGUUCUAGUGCUGAACGUGAUGUAAGGCAAGUUUUUCACUAUUGUUGUGUAUCAUGGAUAUCAAAGACAAGAACAUGGGGGCACUUCCUGGUCAACCAUUCCGUGUGGAGAAUCAUGGUAGCAGCUGAGUGGCCUUGGUUGCCUUUGAUUUCUCCCUAAAAAACCCUUGAUUUCCCCUAAACCAACCAAAACCUUCAAAUCAAAGAGACAUCGCGGGGCAUCUCAGCACUCAAGGAGACAUAGUGAAAAGCUAGCGUUAAGCAAUCGAGCCAUGUCAAUGCGGCAUUGGAGGCGACGCUUUUGCCCUCUACUGGGAUGAAAAAACGAAGUGCGUAAGCGGUAUGAACGCGUCCGGAAGAUCACCAAAAGGGCUCAACCGCGACAGCUUUAUAGCAAGCCUUGGAAGCGGGGUUUCGAUUCUAUGACAAAAAUGUGACUUAUCACAACUUACGGCAAGAGGGGCACAACUUGCCCUUGCGCAAGCAAUAGAUCGAAGCGGCUGGCCACAAGUAGCAAACCACAAGCCUGCUAGUCAUUCCGUAGCAGGAUCAAGAGGAACAGCCGGGAAACCGCUGACGAUCCAACAACAGGCUAGGUUAGCGCGUAGAAGUCGCCAGGGAAAUCUUAGGCAGAUAGCCGAAAAGAUUCGCAUCAUCCUCCCAACUUAUGGGGUUCUUUCUGGGAAUUGGAUCCAUGCCCAGGCCUUAGCGUCCACUUUCUAUUUCUAAAAGCCCCAACGGCGAUUCCCGGAGAUUCGAUACACGCAGUGACUGUGCCAGGUGCGAUGGCUGGGUACUGCGACUUCCUAGAGAAAUACGGAAGCGGGAAAUUUUCGAGGUCUGAGAUUUUUGCGUCUGCUAUAGCUCUUGCGGAAGACGGGUUCCCGGUUCCGCAAUGGACUGCUGGCCAGUGGGAGGGCGAGGAAAAAUUUCUCCUCGCAGGCGAAAAUGGGCACGAAAUGUUGGUGGAAGUCACGGAUAAGAAGGAAGGGGUAUUUCGACUUGAACAUUUAUUGGCGUCUGAUUAUUCAUUGAAGACGUUAAUGCAAAUAAUUACUAGCACUUCAAAGAAAGAAGGGGACGACUUAAGUGAUUAGGUACACUCCUACUCCUACUACUCCUUAAGUGAUAUCGGAACUACGACGUCUUCGUUACGCUUACACAGGCUAAAAGUAAAAGCUACCGCGCGCCGCGUGAAGGGGAAAUAAAACGCAAUCCCGGGAUCGCCAGUCUGUUGCGGCGCAUUGCUAUCGAGGGCAAGAGUGCCUUUUACGAAGGAGAUACCGCGGAAAAAGUCGUGGAAAUGCUGCAACGCAGAGGCAGUUUUAUGACUUUGGACGACCUAAAAUGCCACGAAACCACAUGGGAUACGCCCAUCUGCGUCAGUUAUCGUGGAUUAAAUGUGUGGGAGAUGCCGCCCAAUGGACUUAAGGGUAGGUUUUAGGUGUUCGUGUUAGGUUCGUGAUAAUACAGUUUAUUUUGAAGACUCUUCCAAGGGAGAAGAGGACAGCAAACGGGGAAAGCGAACACCAUCAAAACCCUACCUCUAAUGGACAAGGCUUGGCCGCUUUGAUCGCGCUGAAUAUACUGGAACAAGUAUUCAGUCCGACUGGCUCUGGCAUGGAUGCAGCUGGAGAACAAUCAGCGGGAGAACAAUUAAGGCUUCCCCGAGUCCAUCUCCAAAAGCAUUUCGAAGCUGCGCCGUAUGGGGGAAAUAGAUCCGAGAUGAAUCUCGGGAUGGAUUAGAGUGAGCUCAAAAACAAGAAACUCAUCGCGCAGGCAAGGCGAAGACCAGUGGCGGCUCGAUUGCGGUGGAGGACUCCCAGCGCCUGCAUCUGAUGAUAGAGGCGUGUAAACUCGCCUUUCGUUAAGGCUGGAGGAAAUACAUCUUCACAAUCACAGGCAUCUUGAUUCCGUUUUUAAGGGAAAUAAAAAAGGGGACGACGAAAGAUGCUGCUGAAGAUGGAUUCCGGGAAGUGCUAAUCUCGUGAGACCAAUUACUACGUGUCAGACCCGGCAUUUGCAAAGAUACCUAUGGAAACUCUGUUGUCCAAGGAGUACGCUGCCAAGCUGGCUGCGCUGAUUCGGCCCAGCGAUAUUGUAGAUGGGCUAGAUGCAACAGCCUUUCCCACGAAGAUUGGAGUGGAGCUCCCACAGGGAGAAGAUAUUACAGUAGUAUCUGGAAACAAUAUCAACAAUUCUUCGACGAAUGAUAAUAAAGAAAGGACCAAGAACAAUCCCUUUGCUCCUGUGAAUUCUAGUGGGACUACGCAAUUCGUGGUAAUGGACCAUGAGGGCAACGCCUGCUCAUUUAUCGAGAGCAAUUACGCAAAAUUCGGCACCAACCUAGUUCCGAAAGGUUGCGGAUUCACCCUGUUAAAUCGUGGCUCCAAUUUCCUGCUGGAAGAGGGACACCCGAACUGCGUCGAAGGUGGUAAGCGACCCUACCACACUAUCAUUCCUGGCUUGGCGACAGUGGGAAAUAAAGGCAAACCUUUGAACAAGAUGCAUCACGUCGAGAGGACGAGUGGUGCUUCUUCGUCUUCGAGCACUGCUUCUUCACUGGAAGAUCCGAGGGCUUCUCAAGAAUCCGCGUCAGGAACGGAGCAGCAGGAACUUGUCUGUGUUUUCGGUAAUAUGGGUGGCUUUAUGCAACCUCAGGGACAUUUACAGCUGAUAUCGAAUAUGGUGGAUUACGGCAUGGACUUUCAGGAGGCCAUAGAUUUUCCGCGAUUCUGUCUGCAGCCGGGUCUAGGAGCACGAGGAAAGCCGCCAGAAUUUGUUAAUGAUAAUAGCUGCGGGGUCGGGGAGGAAAAGUUAUGAUUUAUUUGAAAUGCAUUGGCACCCGGUAGUUGUGUUAUAUGCUCGGCUGAAGAAUUACAAUCGAGAGGCAAGCAAACCGGUUCAAACUUUUUUCUAAAAAAUCUAAAACUUGAUUUUCUAAAGAUAUACAUAUAGUAAAUAAUAUAGAUUAAAAUGGUCGAAUGUCGAUAAUAAAUACGCCACCUCUAAACAAACCUCCGCCACCCAUUGACGCGUGGAUCGAGCGUGAUCUUUACGACGUACAGGCAGGUCCACUCGCGAGUAUUGGCCAUCCUAACCUCAAGCGUGCCAAUGGGGCAGCGAGGUGCCUUUUCGGAAGGGCUCAGAUCGUAGGAUACCCAGAGCGAGCUCGCAAGCGCACUACAGCUGCGGGAAAUGAGGAGACGUCCUCAAAUACUCUAGUCCGGUCUGCAGGAUCGGAGAGCCGCUGUGAUGGAUGCGCUUUUUUUGUGAAAGGAAACCACUACAGUACGUACUAA